CAGCCCUGCUAGACCCUGUAGUCAGCCAUGAUGCUUCUGCAGAUUCACUUUCCUCGCUGAAGGAAAUGUAAAAUCGUGAAAAUUCUCAAACCUAUGACAACUAUGGAUGUAUAACAGUGCAUGGACGGGGAUCAUAACUACACGGCAAAGGUCACAUACAUCUCAAGAGGAUCCAGGAGGAGUGAGGUAGUUUAAUCAAGAUGGUGGUGGCACAAGGGGGUCGGCUAAUGCGUGGUGGGGGCAUGGCAACCACAGGCUGUGGCAUGACCCCCAAAGAGCUCUCAGACAAUGACGACUUGGCAACAGCUCUUGUUCUUGACCAAUACCUGGGUUUUGCAACUCACAAGAUGAAUGUAAGGUACCGGCCACUAAGGGGAAGCAAAGAAGAACUUGGCCAGAUAAUUGAGGACUUCAUCCAGCAUCAAGACUAUGAAAAGGCAUUCAAACAACUGGUGUCUGGAGACUGGAUGCCCUGGACCUUCUUCAUCACAAAGAAUAAACAUCUCCAAGCUGCAUUUAAGGAACACGUAUUUCGCUAUCUGAGAGUAUUUGACAAGGACAGUGGAUUUGUAGUAAAGCCAUGUUACCGAUACUCUAUGGAGGGUUGUGUUGGGGCCAAAAUAUGCGCAACCAGGAAGUGGUACAAGAAUGAGCAGAUAGGCUAUCUAGUGGGCUGUAUUGCCGAGCUUAGUGAAGAUGAGGAGACGCAGCUCCUCCAUCCUGGCAAGAAUGAUUUUUCUGUCAUGUAUUCCUGCAGAAAAAACUGUGCCCAACUGUGGCUUGGUCCAGCAGCUUUUAUUAAUCAUGACUGCCGGGCUAAUUGCAAGUUUACAGCCACAGGGCGAGGAACAGCUUGUGUAAAAGUCCUAAGAGAUAUUGAAGUAGGAGAAGAGAUUACCUGCUUCUAUGGGGAAGACUUCUUCGGCGACAAUAACUCCUAUUGUGAAUGCUUAACUUGUGAAAGGCGAGGCACAGGAGCUUAUGCUGAUAAGAAAAACGAAAAUGGUGCGGAGCAGGGUUAUCGUCUCCGUGAAACAGACCUGAGAUUAAGGAUUAGUCGCCAAAGAUUACGGAACCAGCAGAAGAAUGAGGAGGAGGCAAUGAACAAAGGCAAGAGUGAAGGCGCUGUGAGCCUCAGAGCGUCCAGUGAGCACAAGCUGAAAAUGAACAAUCUCUCUCCUAAAGUGAAUGGUGAGACAGUGAGACGAGAGCUUAGGACUAGAGGGGGAUCAAGAGACUCGGAUAAGUCAGAGUCAAGUACGGAAAGUGGUUCAACUCAGAUAAAGCGCACGAGCUCUCAGUCUCACCUCCACCUGAAUGGUUUAUAUCCCAAAGCUAAGAACAGGAGAUCAAGUUCAGAUAGUGCUCAGGAAAAUAUUGAUAUUACCAAUAAGCCAUGUAGCGACUCCAGUAAAUCAAUCAGCCCUGAUAAAUAUCUAAAGAGUGUGUCAUCUAAAGGACGACCCCACACGAGGAGUCGUGUAGUUGCCACAGAACCUACAAUAAAGGAAGGUAAAGUCCAUGGAGAUAUGAGUGUUAAAGAGCCUCAGGAAAAUGGAAAGCUGUGUAAUUCUAAAGGUAUUAAACUACGCAGCCGACGCCAACUAACCACUGCCAUGCAAGAGGUUGGCAAUACCCGUAUCCUCAGAGGGCAACACAAUCGUUCAGACAGCCAAGAUGACAAAGCUCCUGAUGGUUUUGAUGAAAUAGAAGAAGGAGGAGAUAGUGAUCAAGAGCCAGGAAAAGAUGUACAUAUGCCAAGAGAAGAUGAGUCUACGAGAGUGUCAGGAAAGGACAUACCAGUGAGAACACUACCUGAAGAAACUACCAGAGAGGUAGCUUCUAGGGAAGUUAAUUGUGGGGAUGUGAACUCAAGGGAAGGUAAAUCCCGGGAAGUGAAUUCUAGGGAUACUGCACCCAGCUCAAACUGUUAUGUUGAUCUCAGUCGGGUGAAGUUAACUGACAGCAUGCAGGCUGAGAUUUUGUCCGAUACCUCCAAGUCAAACCGGAGUGUGGCAAAUGCUAACUCACAAUGUAUGUCUGUAAGUGGGAGACCCCCUCUGCGCAGACUACGCAGACCUCCUGGUGAAAAAUGUGAUAAUUCUAGUUUAGGUUACAUUAGUUUAGGUAAUAACUGUUCUAGUAACAUUCUUAACAACAACACUGACAAAACGUCAGAACAAUCACUGCCAACUUCUCAGUUACCUCAGCAGUCUAGUAGUGUUCAAAGCAAGGUAGAAACCUUAGAGCCUCUUAGCAAAAAGGCCAGGCAUUCAAAGUGCAAACAGACAGCUUUAAAAGACAUGGGUAGCACAACCGUUUGUCAGUCUGGUGGUUCAGGAGCAACAGAAACAACUAACCUCUCUCCAGCUAAAGAUGUUUAUGAGUUUGAGGAAGAAGAUGAUUCAACUUCUCCUGGAUCACUUAGAGUUGGAAAAUUAGGUGUAGGUUGCGGUCGGUGGGGCAGGAGCAUAACCAGUGAAUGUAGGUCGUCUCCACAGUGCGAGUCACCGCCUCAUCCCCUGAUUGGAUAUACCCCAUCAUCUCCACCUGCUGCAAUGGUCACCCCAGAGAAAGGUGGAAGGUGUGGGGUGAAGCUAAGAUUGCGAAUGAAGCGAUCUCCUGUCUUAGACGAAGUGAUAGAGGUUGGCUCGCACCUCUCUGACUCAGGAGUAGCAUAUGAGCCAGAGUACGAGGUGUUGACGGUUGAGGGCAUCACAAAUCAGGACUAUCAGACUGAUCACCACCACCACCACCACAGACGUCACCGAAAGAAACACCGGGAACACCGGCAUCGGUCUGACUCUUCGGAGGGAGAGAGUACAGAUGUAGAUGGAACAGCAUCUCCUAGGCCAACAAUGAAGCGACUUCGAUUAAUAUUAGGUAAUGAGACACACACAAUCACCAUCCCGGACACUCGCUUCGACCACAAAUAGCAUGUAGACCACCCGCGAUCCACUCUCCCUCAACCAACCCAUCCCGUAAUCCAGAAAACCACACUUGACGAUGAACACUACGUAAUUCCAACUGUAUUCCCACAAGUAAAUCCACCCACAAGUGUAGCUCAUCAAGUGCCCCACCGACCGAAUGAUGCUGCCCCUCCCGCACCAUGUAUCAACCAAGUCACAGCUGACUCGACCUUACAUUGUAACAAGAGCUUAUCUGGUGAUCCAGGUCAAUUCUCAGAGGUUCGCCAGAGGAAAAGCGAACUCACUGUCCAGGGAUGGUCAAGCUGUUGCAUUGUAUAGUAUGUCUUGCUUGACAGAUGUUGAGGUUACAUUUACCAAGUAUCGUGUAAGUUAUUUGUAUGUUGUUUUGUAAAUUAUUAUGUUGUACUUGUCUUUACACGGGUCGCGGGUGCAGAGUUUUUCUUAUUUUCCUUUUUUUUUUAGAAAGCCUUUAUUAAUUUUUUAAUAGAGAAGGAACAAAAGUAAGUAAUAUCUAUGUUCUUCAUAGUAUUAAUGUAAUAACUUUAUUUUUCAUCCUAUAUUAUAUUUCUCAAAGAUUUCUGUGAUUGUGUUACUUUUUUCCACUUUAGAAUUCAUUAGUAUGAGAAUGAGAAUAAUGACCUAGGCAGAACCAUCUGUGUUUGCAGUAAAUCUAAAAGCACUUCCGGGAGCAGUAUCUCGGGUUUCGUAAAGGUUUGACCAAAGUGUAAAGCAAUCACUCUGAAGGAUCAGCGCACAAUAAAUGUCCCAAGCCAGUUGACUAGUUGUGGAUAGCAUGCUUUGGCAGAAAAAAGUUUAUGAUUUCCUAGGAAAAGUCUAAAUGGAUGGAUUGAUUUAUUGUUGAUGAUAAUUUUAGAGAGUAGAAAGAGCUAUGCUGCAAAGUCAAAACAGCUGAGUGGUUGUAAUACAGUGUACUCUGCUUUUGUGACCCAGGAUCUUGUAUAAGAAAAUAUAGAGGAUAAGAUCGGUAAGGAAACUGUAUAUUUACCAGAGUGAUGUACAAAUGUCCCAGGUUACAGAUGGAAAGCUUUAGGGUACAAACAGGGUCAAAAUAUUUGUGGCUGGACUGCUGCAGGCCAAACCUCUUUGACAGGCCUCUUUUAUUUACACUUGAUCGGCACCAUUCCACUCCUGUCUCUCAUGUCAUGACUUUUGAAAGAUGACUGUCAAUACUGUGUAUUGAUGUUUGAGUACCAAUGAUUGGUAGCUCUUAAACGGUGGUGUUAAUAAAAGUUGUAGAAGUGAA